UUUUCUGGUCUCCUCCCCUCUUCUUUUAUAUUUUUGGUUGUAGCCUCUUUCCAAGAACAUUGCACCUUACUCUUGUCUCUCAGUCUCUCCCACUGUCUCACUCAAUCUUCACCCAUCUUUUCUUUUUCCAUUUAGACAAAGGGUCUAACUAUCUAGAAAAGAUGACUCAGGAAGGUGCUCAAAGUGUGAGCCUUGAUCUUCUUAAGCAAAAAAUGGCCAACUUUGCCAAGGAAAGGGACUGGGAUAAGUUUCACAGCCCAAGAAAUCUCCUUUUGGCUCUGGUUGGUGAAGUGGGAGAACUCUCUGAGAUAUUUCAGUGGAAAGGAGAGGUCCCAAAAGGAUUGCCUGAUUGGAAAGAAGAGGAAAAAGUUCACCUGGGCGAAGAGCUUUCUGAUGUGCUACUCUACCUUGUCAGGCUCUCUGAUAUAUGUGGCAUUGAUCUGGGAAAAGCUGCUCUGCGCAAAGUUGAACUUAAUGCUAUCAAGUAUCCAGCCUCAAAGAAAUACACCAACAACAAUCAUGGCACUUCUAAGAGUGAUUGAUGAUCAAUUGAUGAACCAGAACCACCCAUAUAUGUUUCAAUGUGUACUUAAAUUUCUUGAGUUUGUGUACUUGUAUUUUGCUGGCUGCUUAGGGGGCAUGUUGUAGGGUUUUGGAUGACUUUGAGUAGGUCUCGGUUAGAAUAGAACUUGCAUUGCAUGGAGACAG